AUGUCAAUUUUACUCGCCGCUUCAAUUUUUCAGAGUCCAUUUUUCCCAAGGAGAGCAACUUAUAUUCAUGGAAUGUUGGAAAUACUGGGCAGUUUAAACCCAUUUAUUGAUUUAAUAGCUUUAGGAUUGCUCGACCUUGGAGUACAAUUUCGUAUGGAGAUAGGGACGCAAACGAAGGAUUUGUAUACUAUGAAACAAAAUGAGGCAGGACUUUUUGAUAGACCCGCUACUCUUCCAAUAGGAGUAAAAAGUUUGAAUGAAAAGUACUGCCGAAAAGAUGGAAAAAGAAACAAAAUCAAAGUAAAAGUUGUUUUUAAGCAAGUCAUGACUAGCAAAGGGCGUUCUGACCUACAAGCUUUCGAAUCAAUCUCCUCGAAAAGAAAGCACUAUAAUCCGAAUGAAUUCAUUAGAAAGAAAAAAUCAAAAAGGUAUGAUUAA